CUCAACCCUGCCCAGUGCCCACCACAAAUACGGUAUACUAAGAUGCUGGUCAUACAUGAGAUCAUGCGCUUGCAUAUUCGGUAUUCGGGAAAUUACAUAUAAAUGAAUAUCUCCGGUCCAGUUUUUGUGCUCUGGUGGUUUCAGGCCUUCUGUAAUUCACUGAAACAUCAACUCGCUGCUGCUGCUGCACUGAUGCUUUACAGCGCCUGGAAAAAAGACAUCAUUUCCCCUUCGCGAGCGCGCAAUGAAUGAAUGAACCAGGCAAGUGUUGCUGUGCUUUGCCAGCUAAGGGGAAUCGCUAAAAGCUUUUUUUCUGCAUUCAUCCCCUUACAAUAACGACUUGACGCGGCGUGAAGAUGUUCCCGUCGUGCUAUUCUAAGCCCAAAAAUGGCUCUCAGUUCAAGAUGUCUUACACUAAAGUGAUUUGUGGGGUGUUGGUGGUGUAUGUCCUGCAUACGUGCUGGGCCAUAUACGGCUUCAUUCACACCAAACCCUGUGACAGCGCCAAAGGGGACAGCUGCGUUACAUCGUAUCUCACUGUCAAGCCUCGACUUCAGCUUAGUGUCUAUUCCGCUCUGGACCCCAGUGAUGAAGCUGGACACAACCUGCUUUUCAAAGUGGACAGAUUUGAUAUAAACGCCAAGUUCGAAAGGAAGGUGAGUGUCGCGGUUCCUGAGAUGACCCAUAACAACGGGAGCGUCCAUGCCGUGGUGUUUGUGCACAAAAGCGGAGUUUCGCCUUGGAAAGACAGCAGACACGUGCGUCUUGUGACCCGUCUCACCUCUCAAGUGAUCCUUCUUCAGUCUGGCACCAGCACUAACCCUGAGGCACCAGAAGAGCAGCAGAUUGUUUCUUACUGGAAAUCACGACUUCCCUUGAACGUAAUGAAUGAGGAUUUCACCUUCAACAGUGCAGCGGUGCCCAGCGACCUUCGCCGCUAUAUGAAAAUAGUUGAAGAUGGAAAAAAGGAAAAAAAGAAAUUGUAUCUGCCACUUUUACUGGUUGAUGAACUAAAAAGCAGAUUAAAGGACUUAAUUGAGAUAAACAGCACCACAAAAGCAGUCCCACUGACAAUAUCAUAUGACACCAUUACCUUACGCAAAUUCAGAAUAUGGAUCCACAUACAAGCUGUCAUAUACUCACUCAAACAUUUUGGAUUUUCGGAGAAGAAUCUUGAUGAAAUUAAAGCCAUGUUUGUUGAUAGUGGGCUGCACAUCUUGGCUUUGUCCAUUCUAGUGCCUGCAUUCCAUCUCUCAUUUGAGGUCUUUGCCUUCAAGAAUGACAUAAGGUUCUGGCAGGAAAAGAAGAGUUUAGCUGGUAUUUCUAGAAGAUCAGUUGUGUGGAGAUGUUUCAGUACCAUCGUAAUAUUCCUCCACCUAAUAGAAGAGAAAUCCAGCUGGCUGAUUCUGCUUCCCACUGGGAUCUCGGCUCUAAUUGAGUUAUGGAAAGUGAACAAGGUCUUAGCACUUUCACCCACAUUUCAUGAUGAAAGAAUGGAUGAUUUUGAGCGCGCAACGGAAGACUAUGAUUCUAAGGCCAUGAAGUUCUUGUCAUAUCUGAUGUAUCCAUUGUGUAUCAGUGGAGCCAUAUACUCAUACUUGUAUCUCCAAAAUAAAAGUUGGCACUCUUGGAUAACCAAUGGCCUUAUUAGUGGUGUUUAUGCGUUCGGGUUUCUGUCAAUGGUUCCUCAGCUGUUCAUCAAUUACAAGUUAAAAUCUGUGGCUCACCUGCAGAUGUCCGUCUUGAUGUAUAAGGGCUUGAACACAUUCAUCAGUGAUGUGUUCAGUGGAAUAAUAACAACCCCUGGACCCCAUCAGUUGGCAUGCUUCAGAGAUGAUGUGGUCUUCCUCAUCUACCUCUAUCAGCGCAGGAUUUAUCCAGUGAGCAAGUCCAGGUCACGUGAUUUCGGGGCGUCGCACAGGAAGAAACCCAAAGGAAAGCUACAUGAAGACUAAGCGUCCGCGACGUUCUCUGACAGCUUGCGCUCUCCAUGCAUGCAAUACAGGAGAAAUGCUAGAGCACUGAAGAAGGGCAUUACAGUCGUCGAAAGUUCUGUGUAUUUUCUAAAGAUCCUGCCUCCUGCUGUCUGCUGCAAAAUCUACACCUAGGCUACUUGAACAAGCCAGAACUGAUGAGAAUAGCAGAGCACACCUGCUUUAGACUAAAUCAGUGUGUACUAUUUACUCAGGCCAAUCCAUCCAACAAUUAAAAGGUGAUGUAAGCUCUAAAAAAAA